AUGGGUGUUGAAGUAUAUUUUGCCAAUGGCGUUCGGAACAUUGUUCCUUACUACCAUGGUAGAGCAGCUUUCGCCAAAGGAAGAUGGUUCAAAAGGACUCUUUUAGAGGUUUUGGUUGGUGAGUUUAGCGCUGAUAGCAGGGAUGAAUACCUUGAAGGAAUCAAAAACGGAAAAUAUAGAAUUAUUCGAGAAGGAUUCCCGCUUCCUCCUGAAGAAGUGCUUACCUCGCCAAUACGCAAUAGUGAUGUUGUAGAGACGAAUUCGCAUAAACAUGAACCACCUGUAAAGCAAUGGUGUGACGAAGAGGUAGAUAUACCUGGCAAGAAGGUCGCAGGGAUCGAUAUUGUCUACGAAGAUGAAAACAUGCUUGUUCUAGACAAACCUAAUGGGAUUCCGAUUCAUCCAACAGGCCAGUUUUAUCAAAAUACCUUGACCGAGAUAUUAAAAACUCGCAAUAAAGAGGCAAGGCCCUGUUAUCGUUUAGAUAAAGUCACUUCUGGCCUAUUAAUUAUGGGAAAAACUAAGGCAAUUGCGAAUGAAAUUCAGGCAAAGAUUAGGAGCCGUGAUAUGGACAAAAUAUACCUGGCAAGAGUUAGUGGCAAAUUUCCAAAGUCUGAAUGUUUGACAAGAGGCAUUGAGGACCAUCUGCCGACACCUUUCGAAGAUAAAUCGAUGAUAACUACAGCUGACUCGGCAACGUAUACGGUUGAGCUUAAAAAAUCUUUUCCAGCUGGACUAUCAGUACCGAAGACUGCUGCUACAAGUUUCUACCCACUUAGAUACUUUCCGAAUCAUAAUCAAACACUCGUGGCUUGCAAGCCGUUGACAGGACGUACUCAUCAGAUUAGAAUACACCUGGCCAGAAUGGGCUUCCCAAUUGUGAACGAUCCUUUCUAUAAUGUGGAAAACAGCAAGUACCCAUAUCGCUCAGAAUUUAUACUGGACGUCGAAGACUGGGAAAAUUGUCCACUGACUGCUGAUGAUUUACGCAAGGAAUUUGAACUUUUCGACGAAGAGUGUGAUAAAGCUAGAGAGAAGCAGCAGAGUGAGCAAAAAAGUCUCGUAUGCGAAGAGUGUGGUUCGAUUCAGGCGGAGACUCCACCCUUGAAAGAACUAGAACUAUGGCUACAUGCCUGGAAGUAUUCAGACUCAAGCCAAACUUUCACAUAUGAAACUAAACCACCAGCCUGGGUGAACGAAGUUUGUCUGGCUGAUGGCUGA